AUGCCGGUUGAGCUGGUACUGCAGAACUUCAUCGAUGGCCAGUUUGUGGGGACAGAGAACCACAUCGACAGUUAUAACCCGUCCACGGGCGAGGUGUACGCCAAGGUGCCGGACAGUGGGGAGGCAGAGGUGAACGCUGCUGUACACGCUGCUAAAGAGGCAUUCCCAGGAUGGUCAGAAACCCCCGCAGCAGAGCGCUCCAGGAUCAUGAACCGGAUCGCUGACCUGAUCGAGAGCCAUCUGGAGGAGUUUGCGCAGGCUGAGUCACGUGACCAGGGCAAGCCCGUCUCGCUGGCGCGGACCGUGGACAUCCCGCGUGCCGUCUACAACUUCCGAUUCUUUGCCACGACCAUUCUCCACACGACAGACAGCUCCACCUACUUGGACAACAUGCAGGCAACCAACUACACAAUCCGUACUCCGCUGGGCGUGGCAGGGCUGAUCAGCCCAUGGAACCUGCCGCUAUACCUCCUGACAUGGAAGAUUGCGCCCGCCAUCGCCUGCGGGAACACCGUUGUGUGUAAGCCCAGCGAGAUGACCUCCGUGACGGCCUGGAUGAUGUGUCGGCUACUAAACGAUGCAGGACUUCCUCAAGGAGUGGUGAAUGUUGUGUUUGGAUACGGACCGAAAGCUGGCGAGGCGAUCGUCAAACAUCCAGACGUUCCUCUCGUCUCUUUCACGGGCAGUACGCUCGUCGGACAGCGAAUCACGGAGCAGAGCGCCCCGCAGUGCAAAAAACUCUCUCUGGAGCUUGGUGGUAAGAACCCAUGCAUCAUAUUUGCGGAUGCAGAUAUGGAGAAAUGUAUCCCUACUGUGGUGAGGUCUAGCUUCGCCAACCAGGGGGAGGUCUGCCUCUGUAGCAGCCGAAUCUUCGUGCAGAGGAGUGUGUACGAACAGUUUCUCCAGAAGUUCGUGGAUGCAACCAGGAAGAUACAGGUAGGGAACCCAGGCGACCCUAUGACUACGAUGGGAGCUCUGAUCAGUAAGGAACACCUGAACAAGGUGAAAGGCUACGUCAACCUGGCUUACGAGGAAGGUGCCACUAUCCUGUGUGGGGAGGGGAAAGAAGACCUCAAGCUUUCGGAUGACCUGAAAAAUGGUUACUACAUGCUGCCCACAGUGAUCACAGAUGUGAAAGACAGUUCACGCUGUAUGCAGGAGGAGAUAUUUGGACCUGUCACCUGUGUCGUACCCUUUGACACAGAAGAUGAAGUUAUCAUUCGUGCCAACAAUGUAAAGUACGGCCUGUCAGCAAGUCUGUGGACCCAGGAUGUAUCUCGGACCAUGCGUAUGAGCAGGAAACUGGAGGCUGGGACCAUCUGGACCAACUGUUGGAUGGUACGGGACCUCAACAUGCCAUUUGGGGGCAUGAAGUCUUCCGGAGUUGGGCGUGAAGGACUCAAAGAUUCUGUAGACUUCUUCACAGAGGAGAAGACCGUCUGCAUCAAGCACUAGGUAGUGGUAGUGACAUAAAAAAAGUCUUAUCUGAAGCUCUAUAUGAAAAACUGCGAAUUAUGAAAUGCUGGUGGUUUUAUGGUCAGUUUUCGUGGUGACCUUUCACCUGGAAGCGAUCAUGCAGCGGACAUAUCGUCAGCUUUGUAUUGUGUUACUAUGGUAACCACAAAUUUGGAAACACCAGAAACAUGCCAUUUCCCCACCUACUGCUAGCUAGGUUAAGUGCCCAGUUACUUUACAUUAAGUAAAGAUGCAGGAGAACCUAAAACAGUAUUUGAUUUGAGAAAUCCUGAUAUUUUAUUUGAAUUACAUGUACAUGUACAUGAACUGAUACAUUUACAUGUAUGUGUGUAUAAUUGAUGUUGCUUUAAGUUUAUUUUGUAUGAGAUGUCAAUGUUAUCAGAAGGAGAAAUUUUGUUUCACAUUGUAUUCCAAAAUGUUUGGAUUGUGAGUUACAUGGAAAUAACAAUUCCCAUCAAAAUCUCUUUAAAUGUGGAUAAAACAUGUCAAAGUAUUAAAAUAGUUAACCUUUGCCUUAGAUACAUGUAUAUUACUAAAAGAACUAUAUUAAUGACUUAAAGUUAAAUGUAAAAAAAAAAAGAUAAAAUAACAAACUGAUGUUCACUGCUUGUAAAGUUACAAUGGACGGAAAAUUGAA